AUGGCUAACAACGAUAACGAUAAUCACUAUAAUUUGAGACAACCGAGACGUUAUCCUGCAUUAUCAUUUCAACAACAUGAAUCAGACGAAUCGUCAAAUCUGUCAACAGAAGAAAUGGAAAACCUAACCUAUGUAGAAGGCCAAGAUGAAUCUAACACCGGUUCGGGUUCGGAACGUUUCAAUCCCAGUGGACCCAGUGUCGAAGAUUUGAACCGGAACGAGAGCGACCAAUCAGAAUCAACGGACCGGGCCGAGAUUAUUGAAGUACACCAAAGACCCGCAGCCAAUCAAAGCACACAUUCACAGUCAGCUGAUAUUAGAACCACAUCGACACACGGAAUCAUCCGAGGGUUAACGAAGACGCCCGAAGCAAGUUUCCAGCUGUUAGAGACCGAGUCUCCGACCAUUGAAAACCGUCCCAAUGACUCACUAAAACUGAAACAUCAUUCACCAAUCCGGAACGACAAUCCUAUUCAAAUCAUAUGUUCGGGAUCUGACCCAAUGGAAAGACAAAUCCCUAAAUUCAAUGGAAGAACUAUAAAUCCAAAUGAAUAUCUACAAAAACUUAAACGGUUCUACGCUAAAAGGAUAGAAAGAAAUCCUAAUAACGACCCUGUUGAAAUUCUGAAAGAUCUGCUCGACGUCAGUUUUGAAGGACCAGCGUCCAGAUGGCUUCAACUGGUUAAGGCAGACAUUAACAGUUGGGAAAGAUUCUCCGAAGAAUUCACCAUGAAAUACUGGAGCCGUGAAGUACAAAGAGGAGUACGUAGCAAGAUUGAAGCCGAACAUUACAAACCUAAUGGAACGCUCAACAGAACUGAAUAUUUUACUGAGAGAGUCCUAUUGCUACAGUCUAUUACACCACAAAUGACUGAAGAGGAAAUAGUGAUCCUGUUAAGCGAACGAUUUGAUCAACUCAUCCAAGAUAGCAUUCAAGUACAGAACGUGACAACAAUUCGAGCAUUCGAAAGACUUCUGCAAAAAGAAGAUAUCCGAGAUGGACCCAAAAGGAGCAAACCUGCGAACUACCAUAAUAUGGAUCACCGACCAAAUAGUCCUUUACAUCGUAACAAGACUCCACCAUAUAGCUCUGAUAUUAACCAUCGAGCCUAUCAACCAAAAACAUCAUCUUAUGCUAUACGGACACCACACCAAGAACAUCAAGAACCUAGAGAACACCAAUAUCAGCCAUACAACCGUUUCAGACAUGAUCCUCGCAAAAACUACAAUCAAAACCACAGACAGCAUCCUUAUACCAAUACGCUCACUGAUCAAAACCGAUACCACCAAAGGCCUAAUCAAUACUAUUACAAUAACAGCAAACCAUAUCCUACAAAUGAGCAAAAACAAGUAUGUGCCAUGAUAAGUCAAGACAGUCCACAUGACACAGCAACACAACAAAGAUCUCCAACAAAUUUCAACCCCUCAUACACCAGCCAGGGAAACGACCCGUCGCUGUAG